AUGGUUUGCGACAAACUUCGAUGGGACAAGAUGGGAAAACUGCCGAGCCCACUCACACAAUUGCACAUGGAUCAGACCGAUUGGAAGGUUUUUGAGGUUGGAAAAGGGGCGGCGGGAAUGAGAAAGAGAUUGGGAGGAAAUGAGAGGAAUUUCAGACUGGAAUGCUGAAAGAGUUGACGAAUUUGAGAGCUUUAAAGAUCACGAACACCAAGAUGACGUCGAUGGAAAUGGUGAGAUUUUGAUGGGAUUGGGGGGGGAGUUAAAAGCAGUGAUUAUAGGUUCGCAGAUUAUGAAAAGUUGAAACAGAAAGAGUACUGUUUCAAGUACAUCAUUUUACUAUGCACUUUUUAAAUACAAUCUGAAAUUUCAAAAUUUCUUAUGAGUCUAGUUGAAAGCUCUUUUGUUAGAUGCCAUAAAGGACACUCAAGUUCUCAAUUUUCGGAGCAUUUUUUAUGUUAAGCGGGUCUAAAAGUCUCGGUAAUGUGUUUUCCUAUUAUUCAUCUGUACAAGCUGUUCAAAACCGUAAUUCCAUGUUUCCAGACGCAACUCUCGGAGCUCGCCAACCUGACCCAUCUGGAAAUCAGCGCCUCCUCGAUCACGUCGAUCCCCGAUUCCAUCUCGAAACUUCCCUCGCUCACCCAUCUCUACCUCUCGGAUAAUCCGUUGAAUCAACCGACUGCCACGUCACUCGUCCGCUUGGAUUCUUUGAAAAAGGUUAGUGUUCUCAUCUCGAUUUCUUGGACAGUAAAAACCAGUUUCCGAUUGAUGUAGGAACCCUUUCUGUUCGUAUCAAUGCGCAGUGAUUCACUUUCGAUUUCGCUAUCGGUGGUGAUAAACAAAAAAAAAGGAGUGUUUAGGUUCGAAUCGGCGGAAAUUUCACUCGAUUCGCGUGCGACUGCGAAUCGCCGUCCGAUCUGCAGAGAUGGCUGAUGAAGGGCAACAAUCGGGCAAAGGUAGGAAUGGGUUGAAGAGAACAAAAACAGGAUAGUAAACAUGACAUUGAGAAAGCUGAUACAGUAAAGUUAUGUUUUCCAGAGGGAUAAGAUAAUUAGAGUUUACAGUUUCUGGAUGCACUGAACAUUUUAGAUGUGAAACCGGAAUUAUUAAUUUGUAAAUAAAAAUUUCUUUCGAUUAUCAUGACUUGAAGUUUUCCUGUUUCUAGACGUUAUUAUCAAGUAGAAGUGGCCGAUAAAGAUGUUUGGGUUUUGAGCCACGGAGCCAUGUGUCAUACUUCCAGAUAGACGACCUCGACGAAGUGUUGUGCGAUCUGAACGGACACGGCCAAGUGUGGAUGCUCGAAUCGCUGCCGGGCACCAAUGAAAGUGUGUGUUUGGACCCGACGGAAGAGACGAAACAGUGGAUCACCUUCGUGGAUAAUGCACAAAAAGGAGUGAUGGAGAGAGUGGCCACGUCGACACAGAAGACGACGAAGGAAGCGGCGACGAGGAAGAGUAUUCUGGAGACGAUGGACGAGCUGGAGGGCACCAAAUCGACGGCGAGAAUGAGCACUUUCAGACAGAAACCAACGACAAGCGUGCCGACGACGCUGAAAUACCGGAAAAAGUACAAGGACUACGAUAACGAGCCGCACAAGUUUGUGAACGUGCUCAUUUUCCUCCUCUUCUUGUGCGUCAUCAUUCUCAUCAUUUCGAUCGGUGUCACCGUUUAUUUGAAGUAUAAUGUUUCAAAAAAUGAUUAAACUCAUAACGGUUAUUUUCAGAUUCUGGCAUCCGGAAGAGCUCAUGUUGAAACGGCGGAAGAAAGAGAGAACGGAAGUGCGGCGAGAGGAAGAACCGCUGCAGAACGUGGAGUGA